AUGGCGCACAGAGAAAGCUCAUAUAUUGGUGUACCAGAUGAUGAUGGCAUGUCUGGAGAAUAUGACCAUACACCUUAUUUAAUAGGUAUUACUGCAUCUCCUUUGCGAAACAAAUAUAGAGAUAUGUUGAUGCAGAAAGUAGAGCAGUUUGACGGUAUCGAUUCGCAGAAUAAAGAAAACAAGAAUGCUACGGAUGAUGCUGGCAAUUCUAGCUAUGAUGAGUGGAUAAACUUCGAACCUUCCUUUCAAAAACAGCGGUCUUUUUCUGGUGAGAGCUCAGAAGAGGAAUUUACAAUUAACUCUAGCUUGGGCGACGUAAUCUAUACUGAUGAUGACGAUGCCGAUGACUUUACGGAUAACGAAGAGGAACCUCAAGAAGAACCUGUUUACUCUGAAGGAUCAAAUUACUAUUAUGAUGGAAACGAAAACGAAGAUUUUGCUGAAGAUCCGAUGCUGACCCAUUUAACAUCUAUACUUUCUCAUCUUGCUAGGGUGAGUACACUAAAAAAGAUACUAAGCGCUAAGUUUCUUUUAAUGAUAGCGAUAACUAUGGCAGUUGCUUCGGGAAUUUUAUUUAAUCAUCCCAACCGAUCGAACUUAGAUUCCACAACAGUGAAUGCUCAACGCUUCAAAAAUGAAAACAAUUCGGCACUAAUGCUCCAAAAACAGUUGGAUCAUAUUUCAAGAGAAUUAUCCCAGAGAAAUCAAAAUAUAAAGCUUGCUAUGAACCAAAGAAUUACUAUUUUGAUUUCACAGCUUGAAAAAAAUAUAAAGAGUGUUAUACCGACUAACGAAAAAAAGAUAGCCCAAGAUCUAGAUAUCCUAAAUAGAGACCUCAAAUUUAUUUCUUCCAUAAUAUCUUCUCGUAAGUUAGAAAAUAAGAAGGGAGAUCGAAAAAAUAUGUUACCAAAUGAAAUAGACAUAUUAAUCAAUAACAAUAUUACAGGAAAACAACAAUCAUCGCUUAUAACAGAUCCAAAGUUACAAGAUUUUGUUGUAAACACACGGUCAGCACUAAAGUCGAUUUUCCGACUAGAACCAAAUAUUGAUCUGUUGAACAUAAGGGCAGUUCUAGAUAACUACACUAGCUCAGAUGCAAUGGAUUAUGUUACGCGUGAAUAUAUGUCUAACAUCGUAUCAAAAUCAUUUUCCAAAACUAAGUCUGAUAUACUAGAUUAUUUGAAUCUAGAAAUUCAUUCUCUAAGGGGCAAGCAAUGUGACGACGAGACGUCUAUCAAGGCUUUUAUUUCACAAUUAAUUGAUUCUUUAACAGUACAUGUGGAUAAUGAAUUAGAUUAUGGUACAUUGGAACAAGGUAGUCAGAUCUUACCAUACCUGACAUCGAGAUCAUACAGAAGGUCGCAAUAUAAUAGUAAUCCAUUAACUGCCUUCCAAUCGAAUGAACUAUUCUAUUGCAAAUCAGAGCCUUCUUGUUCAAUAGCCAUUCGUUUUAAGGAACCAAUCUAUUUAACUUCAUUAAAAUAUAGCCAUGGAAGAUUUACAAAUAACGUACAUGCUUUGAACUCUGCACCCAAGAUUAUCGUAGUUUACAUUAAACUCCAUACCAAAGAUGCAAUGAUACUGAAAACGUUUGUGGAAAGCGCCUACAAACAUAGCAGAUCGUCGAAUUCAGAAGGCAAUAUAUUCUAUGAUAAAGAUAAGAGUUAUAUCAAAAUUUCCGAAUCUGUUUAUGACCUGGCGAAUAAUAAAAUAACUCAAGAUCUCUCCCUACCCCUAUGGUUUACUAAUAUGAAACUGCCAGUACGAUCUAUAAUAUUUGAAGUGCAUGAAAAUUACGGGCAUACUCAGUAUACUGCAUUUGGGAAGGUAUCUAUCAAUGGAAUAACUCAAGAAGAUCUAAAUCUAAUGAUUGGUGAGAAUGAUUGA